AUGGCAUGUUUAGGUCGAUGUUGUACGAAUUUUUGUAAAGAAUUCAAAGCAUUUGCUCUACGAGGAAAUGUAUUAGAUUUAGCAAUUGGUAUUAUUAUUGGUACAGCAUUUACUAAUGUAGUUCAAUCACUUGUCGAUGAUAUAAUUACACCUCCAUUUGGUCUUAUAUUGGGUGGUGUUGAUUUUGUUAAUUUAACAAUUAAAAUGAAAAAUUUUGUUUAUCAAGAUCAACCACCUGUUGUUAUUCGUUAUGGAAAAUUUAUUCAAACAAUAAUUUCUUUAAUUAUUGUGGCAUUUGCACUUUUUUUUAUUAUUAAAGCAAUCAAUCACUUACAUAAAAUAGCACAAAGAAAUAAAACAACAAGUGAAAAUGAUUUAGAAAAUGAAGUAACUGACGAAGUUAAAGUAUUACGUGAAAUUCGAGAUUUAUUAGCACGACAAUCAAUCGUAAAAUGUUCGCCAAAUGAAUUUUAA